AUGUCAUCACUUUCAGUUCGUUUUCUUACACCACCUUUGUCACACACUGUUCCAAGCUCCUCUGCAAGACCAAGAUCAAGACUCUUUGCUGGACCCCCCACUGUGGCGCAGCCUUUGGAGACAGAGGUAGAUGCAGGGAGGUUGGAACCGAGAGUGGAGGAGAAAGAUGGAUACUAUGUGUUGAAAGAGAAGUUUAGACAAGGUAUUAAUCCUCAAGAGAAAGUGAAGAUAGAGAGAGAGCCAAUGAAGAUUUUCAUGGAAAAAGGGAUUGAGGAUCUUGCUAAGUUGUCAAUGGAAGAAAUUGACAAAGAGAAGAGCACUAAAGAUGAUAUUGAUGUUAGACUCAAGUGGCUUGGUCUCUUUCACAGAAGAAAGCAUCAAUAUGGUAGAUUUAUGAUGAGACUAAAGCUACCAAAUGGGGUGACAACAAGUGCACAAACAAGAUACUUGGCAAGUGUGAUAAGGAAGUAUGGGAAAGAUGGAUGUGCAGAUGUGACUACUAGACAAAACUGGCAAAUCCGUGGCGUGGUAUUGCCUGAUGUGCCAGAAAUACUGAAGGGUCUUGCUGAAGUUGGCUUGACAAGUCUGCAGAGUGGCAUGGACAAUGUGAGAAACCCUGUCGGAAAUCCUCUUGCAGGAAUUGAUCGAGAUGAGAUUGUUGAUACCAGACCUUAUACCAACUUGCUGUCCCAGUUUAUCACUGCUAAUUCUCGUGGAAAUCCUGCUUUCACUAACUUGCCAAGGAAGUGGAAUGUAUGUGUUGUGGGUUCUCAUGAUCUUUACGAGCAUCCUCACAUCAAUGACCUUGCUUACAUGCCUGCUAUGAAGAACGGGCGAUUUGGAUUCAAUUUGCUGGUGGGUGGGUUCUUUAGUCCCAAGCGAUGUGCUGAGGCAGUUCCUCUCGAUGCCUGGGUCUCAGCCGAUGAUGUGCUCCCAGUGUGCAAAGCAGUAUUGGAGGCCUACAGAGAUCUUGGCUUCAGAGGGAACAGACAAAAGACAAGAAUGAUGUGGUUGAUUGACGAACUUGGCAUUGAAGGAUUCAGGUCAGAAGUCGUGAAAAGAAUGCCACAUCAAGAGCUAGCUAGAGAAUCUUCUGAAGAUUUGAUUCAAAAGCAAUGGGUGAGGAGGGAUUAUUUCGGUGUCCAUCCACAGAAGCAGGGAGGUUUUAGCUAUGUAGGUAUUCACAUUCCUGUCGGUCGUGUCCAAGCGGAUGACAUGGAUGGGCUAGCUCGUUUAGCCGACAUUUAUGGCUCUAGCGAACUCAGACUCACUGUGGAGCAGAACAUCAUAAUUCCCAACAUCGAGAACUCAAAGAUUGAAGCCUUACUUAAAGAACCUCUAUUGACAGACAGGUUCUCACCUGAGCCACCUCUUCUCAUGAAAGGGUUAGUAGCAUGCACUGGCAACCAGUUUUGCGGGCAAGCAAUAAUUGAAACAAAGGCUAGGGCCUUGAAGGUAACCGAGGAGGUGCAGAGGUUAGUGUCAGUGACUCGACCAGUGAGAAUGCACUGGACAGGCUGUCCUAAUACCUGUGGGCAGGUACAAGUUGCUGAUAUUGGGUUCAUGGGUUGCAAGGCAAGAGAUGAAAAUGGGCAACCUUGUGAAGGAGCAGAUGUGUAUGUUGGAGGAAGAGUUGGGAGUGACUCGCAUUUGGGAGAGCCUUAUAAGAAAAGUGUUCCAUGCAAAGACUUGGUGCCUUUGGUCGUGGACAUUUUAGUUAAACAAUUUGGAGCUGUACCCAGGGAAAGGGAAGAGAUGGAGGAUUAG